UUUCUCUCCCUGUUUCUCACUGCAGGUUCAUGAAUCACCGCGUCCCAUCCAACUGCAGGUACCAGCCGACGGAGUACGAGCACGCAGCGAACUGUGCCACCCAUGCAUUCUGGAUCCUGCCCAGCAUCCUUGGCAGCUCCAUCCUCUACAUCCUCUCUGAUGACCAGUGGGAAACUAUCUCAGCCUGGAUCUAUGGCUUUGGCUUGUCCAGCCUCUUCAUUGUCUCCACCAUCUUCCACACCAUCUCCUGGAAGAAGAGGCAUCUCAGGACUGUGGAGCACUGCUUGCACAUGUUUGACAGGAUGGUGAUCUACUUCUUCAUUGCAGCAUCAUACGCUCCCUGGCUGAACCUGAGGGAGUUGGGUCCCUGGGCCUCCCACAUGCGCUGGAUCAUCUGGAUCAUGGCAUCUGUUGGGACUAUCUAUGUUUUCUUCUUCCAUGAGCGAUACAAGCUGGUGGAGCUGGUGUGCUAUGUUAUCAUGGGCUUCUUCCCUGCUGUCGUCGUCCUCUCCAUGCCCAACAGGGAUGGCCUCCUGGAGCUGGUGGCCGGUGGAUUCUUCUACUGCCUGGGCAUGGUCUUCUUCAAAAGCGACGGCCGCAUCCCCUUCGCCCAUGCCAUCUGGCACCUCUUUGUGGCCAUUGGAGCUGGCAUCCACUACUAUGCCAUUUGGAGGUACCUCUACCGGCCCGGCACGCUGGAGGCUGAAACAUCCCGGUAG